AUGGCCAAUUCUAAAUAUGAAUAUGUUAAACAAUUUGAAUAAAUGCAGAAUCUCCUACCAAAUACAUAUAUUGUUGUUAGAAUAGAUGGAAAAGGAUUUCAUAAAUUUACUAAAUUUUAUGAAUUUGAAAAACCAAAUGAUGAAUAAGCACUCAAACUAAUGAGUUUUAGUGCUUGUGUUGUGAUGGAAACUUUUAGUGAUAUUUAAAUUGCAUAUGGACAAUCUGAUGAAUUCUCUUUUGUAUUAUCAAAAGAUAGUGAAUUAUAUAACAGAAGAUCAGAUAAAAUUGCAACAUGUAUAUGUUCUACUUUUACAUCAGUUUAUGUAUAGAAAUAAUAAUUUAUGAAAAGGCUUUGAAUUUUGAGAAAUUCAUGAAAAAACCUUUAUAAUUUCCAUGCAUUCCAAUAUUUGAUGCAAGAUGUGUGUGUUAUCCAGAUCUAUAAAACAUUCGUGAUUAUAUGUCAUGGAGGUAAGUAGAUUGUCAUAUAAAUAAUUUAUACAAUACUUGUUUUUGGGGAUUAGUUUAAAAAGGUAUGAACAAAUAAGAGGCAGAAAAAACUUUAUCAGGUACAAAUGCAGGAGAUAAAAAUGAAUUAUUAUUUACUAGAUUAGGAAAAAACUAUAAUAAUGAACCUGAAAUAUUCAAAAAAGGCACUACUAUUAUAAGAUAACCUAUGAAAGAAAAAGUAAACUUAAAAGUUGAAUUAGAUGUAGAUAAUAAGGAACAAUAGAAGUUGAAUAAAAAAUAAAAGAAAAAGUUAAAGUAUAAGGAUUUGAAUUAACAAGAGUUAAAUUAACUUCCUAAUUAAUAGAAAGAAGAUUUGCAAGUUUAAGAAUUUAAUGUAGAUAUAAUUAAGGAUAACUUUUGGAUUGAAAAUAAAGACUAUAUUUUAUUAUGA